CCAAGAGAGAACAAGCAAGAAGAACUGGGCUUCCCAUCAUCCAAAACAUAUAUUAAAGCUGUGUCCCUUCUUUUCAAUUCAUACUAAACAGCAUGAUGGACCCAUCUAUUUUAAGCUGACGCAGAGAGCCAUGAACGCUACUUUCCUUCAACUCAACAAUGGCUCCCUCAACUCCACUGACCGCUGCCCCAGAGACAACCGGAUUACUCACUUGAUCUUCCCAGCCCUUUACACCACAGUGUUCUUUGCCGGGAUGUUUCUGAAUAGCAUGGCUUUGUGGGUUUUCUUUAAGAUUCCCAGCUCGUCCACUUUCAUAGUCUACCUUAAAAACACCCUGGUGGCUGAUUUGAUAAUGACUUUGAUGCUACCUUUCAAAAUUCUCUCGGAUGCAAAUCUUGGACCCUGGCAAAUCCGAGCUUUUGUGUGCCGUUUCUCGGCAGUGAUCUUCUACGAGACCAUGUACAUUGGCAUCAUCUUACUCGGACUCAUUGCCUUUGACCGCUUCCUCAAGAUUACCCGGCCCUUUGGGAAAUUUUGCGUGCAGAAGCCCAUUUUCGCUCAAAUUCUUUCCAUGCUGGUCUGGUUAUUCUUGUUCUUCCUUUCUUUGCCCAAUAUGAUCUUAUCUAACAAGGAAGCCACACCACAAUCUGUAAAAAAGUGUGCUUCCCUAAAGGGCCCCUGGGGCCUUAAGUGGCACAAAGUCGUCAAUUACGUGUGUCAGUUUAUCUUCUGGACUGUUUUUUCUUUAAUGCUUCUGUUUUAUGCAGUGAUUGCCAAGAAGGUGUAUGAGUCUUUCAGAAAAUCCAAAAGCAAAGACACCCAAAGCAACAAAAAUCUAGAAGGCAAAGUCUUCGUUGUUGUGGCUGUAUUCUUUGUGUGCUUUGCCCCUUUCCAUUUCGCAAGAGUCCCCUACACUCAGAGCCAGACCAACAACAGCAAGACAGACUGUGCUGUGCAAAACCAGCUGUACCUAGCCAAGGAAGCCACUCUCUUCUUGGCCACUACCAACAUCUGCAUGGAUCCUCUGAUCUACAUCUUCUUAUGUAAGAAAUUCACAGAGAGGCUGCCCUGUGUGAGGAAAAUGCAAAGGACGAACCAAGAAAACCACAGCAGUCAAACUGAUAACAUAACUUUAAGUGGACAGGUUUUGUGAGUAACCCCCAUUAAGCGUGUGGGCUUGGAAGAGAUGUUGUUUUGCCUACUUUGGUUGGGGAAAGGGAAUCUGAGCACUAAAAGAAAGGGUUGGAGAGUGGUGGGAGAAGGGAAUGAUAUGACUGGAAUGUCCGUGUUAUGGGAUUACUUGUUUUUCAUGCAUGUUGCAGAGAAAGGGCAAAGUUAAAUUUAAUUUCUGAAUGCGACAUGGGAAGAAACAGUGAUUUAAAUGAAAAGGAAUUGUUCAUUAGACUUGGGAAAGAAGAAAAGUUACUCCAUCUGAGAAAGGGGCUGAUUUAUAUGAAAAGAUCUAGUUUUUUUAAGAGGACAAUUUACCACUAGAGAUGACUUCCAAUUUAAAAUAAAACAACACCUUUAAAAUGUUGGAGUGGGGGGCUAGUUUGCUACUUUGUUGAGAUGUAUGCCCCUAGAAUGAAUAACUUGUUUUCUCUAAAACUUUGAAAUUCCCUUGGGGUAUUACUUCUCAUUAGUGGCACUUCUGGUGAAUCCAUAUGGACCAAUGACUCUAUUUCUUAUCUAAAGUCAGUUCUACUUCUCCCUGUGUCUGCCAGAGUCCAGUGGUAUAAUCAUUUCUCUAAAAGCUCUUUACUCCAGUUCUUUAACAAACAUACGUGCUGUCCCCAUAACUGAAUGCCUGCCCCAAUUUUCCUAGUUGUUAAGUGUCUCUUUCCCCAACUCCUCCUCCAGUGACACACACUACCCUGGAGGCCUUGGAUAAAUCACUUAACCACUUUGGGUCUAGCUUACUUCAGUUAUAAAAUAGAGGAGAUGGCGUUGGUGACUCCCAAAAUCCCUUGCAUGUCUAGACCUAUGACCUUACGAUCUGGUUUAUAAAUCCUUAUCUGUGCACAUAUUUAUUUUCCCUCUAUUAGACCGUAAUCUCCUUGAGGGCAGGAGCAGUUGCUUUGUCAUCUUUCUAUCCCUAACCUCUAGUACUUUGCAUGGAUGGAACUGAAAUUUUUGAAGAGACCAAAUCCUUUAUUACUAUUGGAAUUCACAAAGUGGGGAAAUUCUAGAUCAUGGAAUUUUAGUCUCAUAGAGGACUUUAGAGAUAAUUUAGUCCAACCCUGUCAUUUUGUAGAUGAGGGAAACUGAGGCACCAUGAGGUUAAGGGACUUAUCCAAGGUUACACAGCCAAUAUGUAGAAGAUUUAGGACUUGGAAUUCAGAUUCAAAAUUCAAAGCUCUUUCCACUACUCCAUGGUACUUAUUUUAUGUUUGCUUUAAAAAAAAUAGAAAAAUGCCAAUGGGCUCUGCUAGAAGCCAACUUCUUAAUAGUGACAUAGGGAUAGUGAGAAAGAAGUUUGUUAGAUAGGCCAUUCCCAACAUCCAUGUCUCUAAUGGAUUAUCUAAACUAACCUCUGCUUCUUAGCAUCCCCAACUCACUUGAAAGCUCCAUUCAGAUUUUACCUCCUACAGGAAGCCAUCUGAUUGCACCUCCCACCCCAAUUGUUAGCAUUCUCUCCUUCUUCAAAUGACCAUCCGUGGUGCUCUUGUUAUUGUUCAAUUCUGUCUGAGUCUUCUUGACCCCAUUUGGGGUUUUCUUGACAAAGACACUAGAGUGGUUUGCCAUUUCCUUCUCUAGCUCAUUUGACAGAUGAGGAAACUGAGGCAAACAGGGCUGUGACUUGCCCAGGGUCUCACAACUAGUAAGUGUCUGGGGCUGGAUUUGAACUGAAGAAGAUGAGUUUUCCUGACUCCAGAUCUUUGCAUGCUGUAUUCUUUGCACUCUCCCUCCCUCCCCACCUCCCAACUCCCCAGAGAUUGUAAACUCCUUAAGGUCAGGAACUGCUUUUCAUUUUUCCUUUUGUAUCUCCAGAACCUAGUGUAAUAAUGUGUAUAUAAUAUUGCUUAAUAAAGGAUUGCUGA